AUGAAAGGACCUUAUAUACCUCUGACUAUAAAUGAUUUGGUGAUACAUCAGCAGAAACGUGUAUUAACUCCAUCACCUUGGAUUUUAGGACAAUAUCAUCAACGACUAGGAGCACAAAAACCAUUUGCCGAUGAAUAUAAUGUACGAAAAGAUUCAUAUCGAUUUGAUGAAACUACUGAUUCUACAAAACCGGACAAUUUACCAGCAGAAGUGCGAGAUCUCUUGGACAAUAUGAUUAGAAAAUAUGGUACUAUUGAAGGCAAUUUGGGCAUACCAACUACACGAGAUUUAUAUGAAGGUUUACCGGAAGAUGUAGCACAGUUAGUAGAAAAUGCUAUUGAAGCUGUACAAAAAUUUGAUCGUGAAAAUAAUAUUGGUGAUCGAAAAUUACAAAAUAAAAAAACAGUAAAUGAUCGAUUAACCGAAUUUUUCAGAUAUGCUGGACGACAUGGAGUGCGUCUACUGGAUGAUGUAUUAAAAUUAGCUAAACUACGUUCAAAUGAUCCGAAAAAAUAUAUUCCACUUGCUGUUAACAUGCUCAAAGAUCGUUUGAAGCAACCUGGUACAACACGUAUGCGAAAACAAGCUGUUCGUUUUGCGUACACAUUGGAAACAUUGCUCAUGGCAACAAAUGAUGAACCAGCAUUGAUUGCAUCAAUGUUGAAGAAAAAGAUUGACGAAAAGAAAUCAUUUAUUUUUUCUGAAAAUUCUGGUAAAUCUUUAACUACUGACCAAGAUUUAUUACAACAGAUUACGGACGAAAUAGAUAAAAAGAUUGAUACUUCAUUCAUUGAAUCAGUAGGCAGCAGAAAUAUUCCAUCACGUCCCUUCAAAAUGUUCACAACAGAUAGAUAUCGACAAAUGUUACCAAUAAUUGAUGAAGCAAUCGAAUCGACAAUGACAUCUCGUAGCACAACAGAUAUUCAUAGAGAAUGUUAUUCUGAAGCUAUGAUGUCAAGUACAAUUAUGUCAUAUGUUGGUCUUAGUGUGGCUCAAUUGGUGGUGCUCGUUAUUGGACAGAAUCAAGAACCACUAAAGCUGACAAAUACUCAAAUUGAACAGUAA